AUGCCACUCGAUAAUAUUCUCUUCGAGAUAUUCGUAUCGCUCCGUCCCGGAGAUCUGUUGAACCUCUCCCGGGCGACAAGGGCGUUCAGGGCACUCCUCAUGAGCCGGCAGUCAGCACCCUUCUGGAGAGAGGCAAGGAAGCAAUUCGAGGACCUCCCGGACCCUCCUUCGUAUCUCAGCGAGCCUGCGUAUGCAAACCUUCUCUUUUCCGCACACUGCCACAACUGUGGCAAGUCCAAAACCCAGGCCGUAUAUUGGCUAUUCUCCGUUCGAUAUUGCGAUCCAUGCCAGAAAGCUAUGCGAGUCUGA